CAUUUUAAUCGUCGUCUGUAAUCAACAACAUCACCGUACGAUCUUAUCUCAUCGUGCGCUUGCAAUUUGAUUAUUUUCAUAAAUUAAUUAACCCGGACUUUUCGACUCAGUCUAGUCUGCUCUAUCUGCACAAAACCUCUUGGUCAUUUUUUGGGACAUCCUGUAUUUAAAGUUUACAUAUAACUUUUAAAAUUACAGAUGUCUGGAUUAUAUUCCUAACACAUAUAUUUUUUCGAAAAUACUAGCGGAAAGUGUUAUACAGACAUAUUCUUCAUCCUUGCCUUGUGCUAUCCUAAGACCUUCAAUGGUAUUCCCAACGUUGAGAGAACCAGUUUCAGGAUGGAUAGAUAACGUUUAUGGUCCAAUAGGGCUUAUGAUUGGUAUAGGAAAAGGAUUUAUACGAGUAAUCUAUAUUGACAAACAUGUUACAGGAAAUAUUGUACCUGUGGACAGUGUCGUCAAAGUUAUAUUAGUUGUAACAUGGAAACUUGGAUUAUCCACACAUAACUACCAAUAUAUGAAUAAACAGAAAUGUAGGUCAAAUCAAUAUAACAGAGAUAUAUUUAAAAGUAUUGAUAAUGAAAUACCUUUGGAAGGAAUAAUUUGGGAUUCUAAUACAAUAUUAACCAAUAAUUUUAUUCUGUAUUAUACAUUGAUGAUAUUAUUACAUAUUUUGCCAGCUAUGCUAAUCGAUCUAAUUUUCAAUGUUUCUGGACGUCGACCUAGGUAAGGUCUUAAAUGAUAUAUUUAAUUAGUUUUUA